AAUCGAUUCGUCCCUGGUUAAAAUACUACCCUGCUCCAAAAGCAUCCGUCAAAGCGGUUUGUUUAAUUUUUCUUUUCCUGCAUAUUCUGAUUAAAAUGGUGUAAGAAAAAAACAGAAUCGGAUUUUUUGCUUAAUUCAGCGUGUUAUUUUUGCUGUGCAAGCUUAAUUCUAAGCCACCAAACACACACAAACGAAAAGUUUACCGUUUGAGAGUGGCACAUCGAAUUGCAAAGUCAGCAUUUUUCACGUGUCCCAGGUUUUUUGUUUAAUUCUAACAAAAUCAAGCGACGAGCGGACUCUGAAAUGUCGGAACUCGAUUGGGACGAUCCAAAUUAUGUGGAGGCACCUGUAAAGAUGCAGGAGUACUCCAAGAUGAAUGAUAAGUACGAGAGGAGCCUGAGACGCGAUGAUAAUUCACGUGGAUACGGAGGCGACAGGAAGCGGGAUGAUUACGGCGGAGGAAGGCGUGAAAAUCGUGAUGGUCGAGGCUAUCGCGAUGAUUACGGCGGAGGACGACGGGAUAAUCCCGAUGAGUACGGCGGAGGACGCCGGAACAACCGCGAUGAUUACGGCGGAGGACGUCGAAAUGAUCGGGACAAUCGCGAUGAUUAUGGCGGAGGACGCCGAAAUGAUCGGGACAAUCGGGAUGAUUACGCUGGAGGAGGAGAUUUUAGUGAAUCCCUCAGCAUCGCUUCCGAAAUGAUCGGAAAAGUCAUUGGAAGAGCUGGUGCCAAUAUCUCCCGGAUUCAGACUGAUUUCAAUGUCCGUGUCAAGGUGGACAAGAGCGACUUGGUGGUCAAGAUAUCCGGUAGCCUUCAGAGAAACGUCUCCGAUGCCAUAAAUUACGUUCGCAAGCAGGUCAGCUGUGACUCGGGCAGGGAUCGAGAUAGGGAAGGUAGGGGCUAUGGCGGCGGAGGAGGACAUGGCGGCGAAGGAUACGGCAGAUCCAAGGGAAGCAGCUAUGAAUUCAAUCCCCCGGCUUCCAGGUCCAUCCCAGAAGAUGGGGAUCUCACUGGCACCAUCGAUUGGGCAGCCCUAAAUAAGGCUUCGGAAAAAGCUACUGCAGCUCGCUGGGCCAAGUGUCCACCACUGACCAAGAACUUCUACAAGGAGGCGCCCGAGGUGGCCAAUCUUACCGAGUCGCAGAUCGAGCGCAUUCGCGCGGAUAACAACAAGAUCACAGUCUCGCACGUUUUCGAACCGAAGGAGGGUGAAACUGCUGCGCCCAUUCCCAAUCCGGUUUGGACAUUCGAGCAAUGCUUCGCCGAUUACCCGGAUCUACUAGGCGAGAUCACCAAGAUGGGCUUCCCCGGGCCCUCACCGAUCCAAUCGCAGGCGUGGCCCAUUCUCCUUCAGGGACACGACAUGAUCGGCAUCGCCCAAACGGGCACGGGCAAAACACUGGCCUUCUUGCUGCCCGGAAUGAUUCACACGGAGUACCAAUGCGUGCCCAGGGGUAAGAGGGGCGGGGCCAAUGUCCUGGUGCUGGCGCCCACCCGAGAGUUGGCUCUGCAGAUCGAAAUGGAGGUCAAGAAGUACUCUUUCCGCGACAUGAAAGCUGUUUGCGUUUAUGGCGGUGGCGACCGCCGCAUGCAGAUCUCGGACUUGGAGCGCGGUGCGGAGAUCAUCAUCUGCACUCCUGGACGUCUUAACGAUCUGGUCCAGGCCAACGUCAUCGAUGUGAGCACCAUUACGUAUCUGGUGCUCGACGAGGCGGAUCGCAUGUUGGACAUGGGUUUCGAGCCGCAGAUCCGCAAAGUGAUGCUGGAUAUCCGUCCGGAUCGCCAGACCAUCAUGACGUCGGCCACCUGGCCGCCUGGUGUUCGACGCCUGGCUCAGAGCUACAUGAAGAAUCCUAUGCAAGUUUGUGUCGGCUCUCUGGAUCUGGCGGCCACGCAUUCGGUUAAGCAAGUGAUUGAACUGCUGGAGGACGACACGGAAAAGUUCAACACGAUUAAAUCGUUUGUAAAGAACAUGACCAAAUCGGACAAGAUCAUAAUUUUCUGCGGACGCAAGGCUCGUGUCGAUGAUUUGUCUAGUGAUCUCACACUAGAUGGUUUCAUGACCCAGUGUAUUCAUGGAAAUCGCGAACAGAGCGAUCGUGAGCAGGCUAUAGCUGACAUAAAGUCCGGUGCUGUGCACAUUCUCGUCGCCACCGAUGUGGCUUCACGUGGCCUGGACAUCGAGGACAUAUCUCAUGUCAUCAACUACGAUUUUCCGCGCAACAUCGAGGAGUAUGUGCACCGUGUGGGUCGCACAGGACGCGCUGGCAGGAAAGGCACUUCGAUAAGCUUCCUCACGCGCGAGGAUUGGGGCAUGGCCAAAGAGUUGAUUGAUAUCCUACAGGAGGCGGAUCAGGAGGUGCCCGACGAGCUGCACAACAUGGCCAGGCGUUUCAAGGCCAUGAAGGAGAGACGCGCUGCCGAAGGCGGUGGAGGAGGUGGUGGUCGCUUUGGUGGCGGCGGAGGACGAGGAGGCGGACGUGGCGGCGGAGGCCGCAAUUUCGAUAGCUUCAACUUCUAAAUGAACAAUAAAACUAUAGUUAUUAAAGACCACAGCGCA